AUACUGGAAACAUCACAUCGGCUACGGAAUAUAUGGUCGUAUGGGAUAAUUGAGGUACCCAGCCUUAACAUUUUUAGGCAGAUCAGGAGAGUUGAAGAUCAGGGUUACAUGUUUCGUGUUUAUCAACUGACCUUCCUUACGCACCAUGAUCGGCCUGGCAGCACAGACAUUUUCAUCAGCUAGCUCUAAAACGAACUUUUCUUCGUAAACAAACAGAAGGUCGAACUCAGAAAUUACGCCUCUACAAAAGUUUAGCAUUUUUAUGUGCAUACACAGUUACAUCAAUUUGCCCGAGCUUGGUUAAUCGAUAGAGAGAAGCAGAUUGGAUGGCUGAAGUUGUAUCGAUAAACAAAUCUCCAGAAAGACGAAGCUUUAUAUUUAUUGGCUCGCUAAUGAAAGAACGAUUAUAUUUAUUAAUUACGAAUGGUAAUUAAUACCUUUGACAUUUCUUCAGAAGGGCUUGAGACUACAAGGAAAUGUGGACAUACGUUAGGUUUAUUAGCACUUGCAUCGGUACGCAUCUUUUUUAUAGUAAAUUCUUCAGCAUGUUCGGUAUUUGUAAUGAUGUGAUUAGAUUCUUGGUUUUUAAUCAUACGAAUAUUUGGAGUCGCCAUAUUUGAAAGAAAAAAAGAUUUGAGUCCGACCGCCCAACCCUCCACGGAUCCCAAAAAGGGAGCCCAGAUUCCUGUGUUCCUAUAACAAACUGAAGCUCCAUGGUCGGCUUUCCCGAAAGCAGGUACUCCCGAGACCUUAUCCCCAAGCCGCCGACACUAAGGUCAGAAGAACAGCCGAUUGACACCCGUGAGGACAACAAAGUGCAGUGUAUUAGGGACAGUACCUUUUCCCUCAACUAUCAGGACACUCCUUUCCAGUGACACGGAUCUCUACACAUGGCAAACACAUGAGUAGUUUUCUCGCCACUUAAAGCUAGAAACAAGAGCUGUAGUAGCCUCUCAUGACUAGCCUCAAUCUCUAAAAGAGGAAAACCACAGUGAAGAGAAGUCGGAGACAGAUGGUGUUAAGAGAAGGGGAAAAGAAGAAAAUAACCUGAUAAUACAUAAAUAAAAAUAUAUGUUGACUUGUGACCAUUUUUUCGAUCAUUAAAAGAUUUUUAUCAAUUUUCCAAUGAUGUUGAAUUCCAGCGAUUCUAAAAACUUCAGCCACCAGAGAGUGAAAGGCUAAAGUUACAACGAACUGGCAAUUCGCUCCAAGUUCUGUUACCAACAGUAGAAAUACGCUGAAUUCACGGAAAUGCAGCGAUGCCCCAUCAUAUGUAACAACCAUACGAAGCAAUUUCUCUCUGAAAAUCUUCCAUCAAAAUUCUGGGAUGCAUAUUUCUUAUACUCUUGGCCAUAAUGAGAUAAUCCUAUUAAAUGCAAACUUGACUGACUUGGCAAACUGCGUAACUGUCAAUGAAUGAAAAAUGCUGAUUUAUUAAUUAGAAUUUUGCAUCACAGAAAUCUAAAACAUUUAGUGUAUUGUCAUGGAAUUCAUUGUAUACAACAUCUGUUAAAAACAUUCCUAACCUGUAGCUACGUUUUUAUUAGGAACAAAUUAAUUAACGUCAGGUUUAUUGUUUGUUGCAAUAAACCCAUGAAUAGCGAGAAUUAAAAUAAUAAAUAUUAAAAUAUAACGUAAUAUUAACAAGUAAACUUGUAUAUAUUGGUAAAAAGAAGGACCUACGAACAAACCUAAGAAACCAAAACUAGCGCGAAACAGUAACAAGGAAGUAAAUGCAUUAAAUCAGCCAAUCGGAGAGUAUCAACUGAAAAGUUGCCGUUUCUUGCGCCGCGAUUACGCAAUAUACGCGCCUCUUGACUUUUCCUAGAAUUUCCUGGAAUACAAGAACAAGGUUAGCCAAUCAGAAUGCUCCUAGGGAUUUUUAUGAGGAAGUAAAUUCUUAGGGAUUUCGAAUAGGGAAUUUUUAUUUCUCUCUUCAUCUCUCGCCGCUACACCGAAUCUCCCUGUUAACAGUGUUUCUAUCAGAUAAAACCCCAUCUAUGAGUACAACAAAAAAUAUAAAUAUUAUUUAACAAGAUGCCCAGAGUUGCUAAAGUAAGUUCAUGAUAAUAAAAUCUCACAAUUAAAAAGAAAAAAAUGGCAAAUCCUGAGUCAAAGGAAGAGUCACUUCUUCUUCUGCCGUGGUUGAUAGAUCACCUCGAAAGAGAGACAUUUGAAGGUUUGAGAUGGUCAGAUAAAGAUAGCAAAAUUUUCUAUGUGUAUUGGAUGCACAAAGCAGCCGAUCCGUGGACACGAAAACAAGUGGAAGUUUGCGAAGCAUGGGCUAAGUAUAAAGGAAAUAAAAAGGAAAAUCCUCGUGAUAUUAAAGCAAAUUUUAGAUGUGCUCUUAGAAGUAAGAAAGAACUGAAACUAGUCCAAAAAACUAAGGAUCGUUUGUUUUGGAAAAUUAUAGAUACAGGAACAGAAGCUGACAAAAACAACUCUAAAAGAAGCGUUCCAACUUCUUCAUCAAGUUCAAGCUCAUCCGAUGAAGGAGAUGCAGGAAUUGCUACAUUCGGAAGCAACGAAGUAUGCCGUAGCUCAAAAAAACGAAAAUAUACGAAGGCACCUGUUUCAAGGCCGAAACAGUCAAGAAGAGGUAGAAAGAAAAGUAUUGAAAAAGAUAUUACGUUGUCUUUUUCCGAAAUACGUACUCACCAUGACUCUUCAGCAUCUUCUUCCCAGAUGUCCUCAAGCAUGCCUGUUUCCAAUGAGAAAGUCGAUCAUCGCCUUACGCCUUUCCAAGCAAUACCAUUAAUUCCAGAAAUCCAAAGCAUGUCUCCUUUCUGCGCAAAGUUACCCAGCGCAGAUAUUCAACCAGCAUCACCUAUCACUGACGUCCAACGAAUGUCGCCUGCUCAAGUCACUCCGUCCAUCGCCGACAGAACAUCGCCUUUUCAAACAAUUCCAUCUGCUCACGAAUUACAAGAAAUGUCAUGCGUUGAACUCCAGUCAUCACCUUUUCUUGAUGAACAGCGUAUUAUGAGCCCUCGAAUAUCGCCGCUGCCAAACAGUGAUAUACAAACAAUGAUGGACUUCCAGUCACCCCCUUCCUUAUGUUCGACUAUCAAUCUAGAACAGUUGUCAACGAUAACUUCCUCAAGUUAUCUUUUGGGAGAGCAAAGGCUAGGCAAACCCCUGCCGUCCUUCACAACUUUCAAUCACCAAAAUAGACUGACGCCACCUAAGCAGUCGAAAGAUAUAUCUGCUUAUGGAGAGGAUCUGACUUUGCAAGAAGAGAGAUGCAGUUGGAAAUCAACAACAGAUGCAUCGCAAUUCUACCAAAACGCAAAGCAGCAGGAUAGGAGGUUGCCAUUCAUUUACAUGAGUAACUCACCUUCAGCAAACGAAGAGCAGCUGGUUCCUUCCACAAGCCCAAUGAACUUAAAUUUGUAUUUUGAUAAUAAUAACUUUCAUUCGCCGGCCAAGAAUUUUCAAGAAAACAUGUUAUACUCUCCAUUAUAUGAACCGAGUUUUGAACUUUUGAGCGACAGUCCAAUGCCUUCACAAGAUUCACAAUAUGUUGAAAAUUCAGACGCAAUUUUAGAAGAAUUUUACAAUUUCUCAAGCCUUUUCACGGAAUAUGUUGAUUCAUGAACAAAACGAAGCUUUGGCAUAAUCUUAUCUGUAUAGUUUUCCAUUUGAAGAAAACCAUCUGCAUACUCAGGAUGCAAUUAUCAGACUCAGAUUCGGACAUUUAGACUUUUCAGAAUGGUCAGAUUUAUACCCGGGUUGUAAAUAAUGUAAAUACUUCAAAAUGAAGAAAAUUAUUACAUAUAUAUAAUUCACUGAUUUUACAGUUUGUAAAUAUUAAUACAUGAAGUUUUAUGGAAUAUAUAGAUAUAUAUAGUGCCUUAAA